AAGAUAGAGGUGAACUUUUUGUCAAGUAUCUUAGAAAACGGCGGAUUACGAUGGACAGUAAAAGAAAUGUGACCGUAGAGAAGGAAAUGUUAAAUCAAACGAAACUGCGGGGAUUCUGAGAGGUUGGUUAAUGAAUUUAAGCCAUUAUCUUGCGGAGACUAGAAAAUCCCCAAGGGGCAUGACAAAUGUCACAGGAAGGACCGACGGACGCUUCCUUCACCUACCUGUGCUGGACUGUCCGCUGGACCGAUCUAGCUCACUCACGCGGACCCUCUAAGGAGCCGCCAUGACACACCGCGUACGGAAAAGGAAUUUUUUCAAAUACCCAAAUUCCAAGAAGACACUGGCUGGAAUACCAAGAGGAAGUCAUGAAGUUCUGUGUUCAUUAUUGAAACUACAGUCAAAACAAUGGCGACAUCAACCAAUCUGGAUAUUGGAGCCCAGCUGAUAGUAGAAGAAUGUCCCAGCAGUUACAGUCUCCCUGGCAUGCCGGACAUUAAGCUAGAACACCCCCUGGACUCCAGUUCUGAAGCUGGAUCUGCUCAGGGUGUUGCCAUGGGAAUGAAAUUCAUCUUGCCUAACCGAUUUGAUAUGAACGUGUGUUCUCGAUUUGUGAAGUCUUUAAAUGAAGAGGAUAGUAAAAAUAUUCAAGACCAGGUUAACUCGGACCUGGAGGUGGCAUCUGUCCUAUUUAAAGCUGAAUGCACCAUCCAUACAUCUGCUUCUCCUGGGAUUCAAGUAAGACAUGUCUACACCCCCUCUACAACCAAGCACUUCUCACCCAUAAAACAAUCAACGACCUUAACCAACAAACACAGAGGAAACGAGGUCUCUACAACACCUCUGUUAGCAAAUUCCUUGUCCGUUCACCAGUUGGCUGCACAGGGUGAGAUGCUCUAUCUGGCCACUCGGAUUGAACAAGAAAAUGUUAUCAAUCACACGGAUGAAGAAGGAUUUACUCCUCUGAUGUGGGCUGCAGCACACGGGCAAAUAGCUGUGGUAGAGUUUCUACUUCAGAAUGGUGCUGAUCCUCAACUUCUAGGCAAAGGUCGAGAAAGUGCACUGUCACUGGCCUGUAGCAAAGGCUACACCGAUAUUGUGAAAAUGCUGCUCGACUGUGGAGUUGAUGUCAAUGAGUAUGACUGGAAUGGAGGGACACCUUUGCUUUAUGCUGUGCAUGGGAAUCAUGUGAAAUGUGUAAAAAUGCUGUUAGAAAAUGGAGCUGACCCAACGGUUGAAACUGACUCUGGAUAUAAUUCUAUGGAUUUAGCUGUAGCCCUAGGCUAUCGAAGUGUUCAACAGGUUAUCGAGGCACAUUUACUGAAGCUGCUUCAGAACGUCAAGGAGUAGACCUAAUUGUCGAGGAUGUUGUCUACCCUCAUGUUUACGUUUGGGCCUGAAUAAUGAUAGUUUUGUUUACAUCUAAAUGUUUACCUCGGUUGCAAUAUUUACUGAUUUUUUAGUAAGUUUUAAUAAAUGUCCCUCUGAGUAAUUCACUGGUUUUUAAUAAAGUUAGUUAAUUAAAAAAAAAAUAAAUGUACUGCCUAUUUUAAAUUAUAAUGUUUUAUGGCAUGUAAAUUUUUAUGGUACAGAUAGUUAUGAGUCUUUGUAUUAAGUGCUAUAAUUUGAUAUUUUGAGAAGUUAUCCCACUGGGUUCAUCUAUACUCCUGUAUUAACUCAUUGGCUUUAUAUAGAGUUUGCUAUAAAUCCAUAGAAACCAAAUUUGGUUAUUGUUAAAGUUAAAAAAUGCACAGUGUGAUUGUUUACAAAAUGCCAUUACAAAUAAAGCACUUUUUUUCUGUCA